UGACGUUUCGAAGCCGGAACGGUUCCGGUGGUAAAUGCAAAACCUGGAACAGCACGAGAUCCGCAAUGACUACUUGCAGGUUGUGUCUGUUCAGUGGCGGCGAGAUGCUGUACAUCUUCUGUGAACAGGCUCAAGCGGUGAAGCUGGACGAGCAGCUGCGAAACCACCUGAAUCUCAUCGUUACAGAGGAGAGUCCCUUGCCGCGGUACGUUUGUGCCAAAUGCUACCAAACGCUGGUAGCAUUCGACACGUUUUACCAACAGGUUUCCCAGAACCAGGCGCUACUUACGGCCAACGCACAACAACCGACGGAAUCGAUUGCGUUUGUUCGCGCCGAUGCCAAGGAUGGCCACUACGUGCUGCAGGACGAAUUGACGCUUGUGAUAGCAAACUCGCUACCGAUCGUACCCCCAGCUGCAACAGAGGUAGACAUUCGGCCACCGUCGUACGACGAGGUACAGCAAUCCAAAGUGCACGCCAGCAGCAUAACAACGGUGCACACCAGCGAAACGAUGGUUAACGAUGGCGACAACGGCCAGUUAACGAUGGCGACAACGGACAACAUCGAACCAGCGGGCAACGCGGAUGAGCAGGAGGAGGGAGAUCAAGAUGAUCAAGAUGAGGAGGAUGAUCAAGAUGAGGAAGAUGAUAGUGAUGAGGAGGAUGAUAAUGAUGAGGAGGAUGAUAAUGAUGAGGAGGAUGAUAAUGAUGAAGAGGAUGAUAAUGAUGAGGAGGAUGGUUUGUGUGUCGAAAGCGAAAGCAGCGUCAAUGAAGAGGAAGCGGCAGCACCCGAGAGUACAAAAUAUGACAAACUUUUGCCGAAGCAAUUCGUCGUGAAUGGGAAGUUCGUGAUCCGCGGACCAAAAUUGACCAAGUGCAUAGACCGAUUCUACGACCUGACGUGCCGCAUCUGUGAUAAAGCUGAAUGGCCAACGAUCAACGAACUGUUUGCGCACUAUCGCGCGAUACAUGAUACGGCAGGAUAUGUGCAGUGCUGUGACCGUAAAUUGCGACGGGUCGAGGUGUUGGCCACUCACAUGGCGACCCACGUACAACCAGAGGCCUUCCAGUGCCACAUUUGCAAGAAAAUGCUCACUUCACAGCAGACGCUUAGUUCUCAUUUGAAAAAUCAUCUCCCAGAGGAAAAGCGACCGCUCAAGUGUCGACUCUGUCCACGGCGCUUUAGUUACACAAGCGUUUUGGCGACACAUCUCGCUACGCAUCAAACGUCGCCAGCGUCGAGUAAAGAUCACGUUUGCGAGCACUGCAAUCGUGCUUAUCGUACGGCGAGGGGGUUACAGGAUCAUAUGGCUAGAGAGCAUUCCAUUCCCGAGAACCAGCUGCAAUCGAACGGUACGCCAGGUGCCAGUCAUGUGUGCCAUAUUUGCCAGAAGCAGUUUUCCUGCCGAAGUAACCUGGGUUACCAUAUGACGACACAUCAGCCUCCUCUGCAGCAGGUUCAGUGCGAACAGUGCGGAAAAUGGUUGAAGAACAAGACCUGCCUGAACAAACACAUGAUGCAGCAUUCGCAGAUACGGCACAGCUGCAACCAGUGUGACUACUCGGCCGUCAACAUUCAAAGCCUGCAGAACCACAUCCGGGUGCAGCACUCAGACGAUCGGCCGUUUGUGUGUGGUGAGUGUGGGAAGGCGUUUAAACUGAAGUCUAACCUUCAGAAUCACGAAGUGCUACACACGGGCGAGCAGCGGUAUGCUUGCGAAUUUUGUCCGCGAAAGUUCUACUCCAGCGGCAACUACUACACCCAUCGAAAGCGAAUGCAUCCUCGGGAACUUGAUGAGGUUAAAAGGCGGAAGGAAGACGAAGAACGUGCAUUUCGAGAGCGGACCAUCUUGGCAAAGACGAAAAGAGACUCCAUCGGAGCAACCUAGGCGCUACUAUCGCCAGAAAUUCCGAGAGGGUUAUCCGAAUAAAGUUACGAUUA